AUGGCCUACUCAUCACGGCCGACGUCCAUGCUCCCCGGCUCAGGUCUUCGUCAACCCACCAGUCAACCCUCGUCCGCACUCACAGCGCGCAUCGCCGCGAAAAAGGCCGAAUUGGAAAAUCUGCGACAACUGCGGGAUCUCAGUGGCACACUGGCCAUGCAAAUGCAGGCCCUCGAAAGCAAGAUUGCAACGUUGAAGGAUGGCACCGAAGCGGUUGCAUGCGUCCUUGCCAAUUGGGAGAAUGUGUUGCGCGCUAUCAGUUUAGCCUCCACCAAAGCUAGCGGACUCGAUUCAGGUCAUGCGGACACGGAAGAUUUCACGCGCGAACCUCGCUUGCCAUCAACUCUUGUUCGCAUUCCGGCCGAACCACGAGAGAAGACCGGCGAGUGA